AGAGAGCAAUAUAUGACAGCAUAGUAGUCACUGUCAGUACUAUCGCAUGUGUCUGCAUGGCUACCACGGAUGUAAACAUAUGUCCUAGUGAGGAGAUGAGGACUCUCUCUCUCAGUAGCCAUGUUGGUUUUGACAGUCUUCCUGAUCAGCUGGUCAGCAAAUCAGUGAGUCAAGGAUUCAGCUUCAACAUCCUCUGCGUAGGUGAAACUGGGAUUGGCAAAUCAACUCUGAUGAACACACUUUUUAACACAACUUUUGAGACUGAAGAAGCCAGCCACUUCCAGAAUAGGGAGCAUUUACAUCCAAGAACUUACAACCUACAGGAAAGCAAUGUGGAUUUGCAGCUGACCAUUGUAGAUACUGUGGGAUUUGGGGACCAGGUCAAUAAAGAAGAAAAUUAUAAACCUAUUGGGGAUUACAUUGAUGCCCAGUUUGAAAAUUUCCUAGAAGAGGAGCUUAAAAUAAAACGUUCCCUUUACAACUAUCAUGAUUCACGCAUCCACAUGUGCCUCUACUUUAUCGCUCCCACUGGUCACACAUUGAAAUCUCUGGACUUAGUCACUAUGAAGAAAUUGGAUAGUAAGGUCAACAUUAUUCCCAUCAUUGCGAAGGCAGACACUAUUUCCAAGAGCGAGCUUCAAAAAUUUAAGAUCAAGAUCAUGAGUGAACUGGUCAGCAACGGUGUUCAGAUUUACCAGUUCCCAACAGAUGAUGAAGCUGUGGCAGAAAUAAACUCUUCCAUGAAUGCACACCUCCCAUUUGCAGUGGUUGGAAGCAGUGAAGAGGUUAAGAUUGGGAACAAAAUGGUGCGAGCCAGAGAGUAUCCAUGGGGUGUGGUACAGGUGGAGAACGAGAGUCACUGUGACUUCGUAAAACUGAGAGAGAUGCUAAUUCGGGUCAACAUGCUGGACCUGAGGGAGCAGACCCAUGCCAGACACUAUGAGCUGUACCGCCGCUGCAAACUAGAGGAGAUGGGCUUUAAAGACACUGACCCUGACAAUGAGCCAUUCAGUCUACAGGAGACAUAUGUGACCAAGAGGAGAGAGUUUAUUGGGGAGCUACAACUCAAGGAGGAGCAGAUGAGACAGAUGUUUGUCAACAAAGUAAAGGAGACAGAGGCAGAGCUAAAAGAAAAAGAAAGAGAGCUGCACGAAAGGUUUGAGAUGCUAAAACGGACGCAUCAGGAGGAGAAGAGGAACCUGGAGGAGAAGCGUAGAGAUUUAGAGGAAGAGAUGAACACCUUCAACAGGAGGAAAGUGGCUGCUGAAACACUACAGUCUUUUCAAAGCUCCUCUGCUGUCAAAAAAGACAAAGAGAAGAAAACUUGAUUGACCAUCCAAGGAAAAUCAGUAUCUGCUGUUUAUUUGACCAGUUGUACCAGAUUUCCGUGCUUUUUUUGUGGGAGCUGAUGAUGGUUCUAUGUAGCACACAGUUCAGUCUAUAAUACAUUACGUCAGUUGUGAUUUAGUUUGGGACUAUGUGAAGGUACAAUGAUGAAUAGCGUACCUGGUUGUUCUUGAUCAACACUUUUCUUCCAUAAACAUGAAUCUCUCUGUUUAAACAUUUUCUUGGGGCUGAGUCAAAGAAAGAAAAUACUCAUUUAUGUAAGGCAUUAUAUUAACAGAGAUUUUAGAUUUUUUUUUAUUGGUUUUUCUUGAUCACUGGAAUCUUGUCACUGAUAUUAAUACAUAACUUGACUAUGGUAACUGGAUUGUUAUAACAUUUAGAUUUUUAGAUUUGAAUAUAUUUUCCUCUAAGUACAUUACAAGAUGAAUUAUUUUAUACUACACAGGAUAAUGCUAUUGUAACUAUUUUUGUUUUUCUUUUGGCUUACCAUUGGUACAAAAAUGUGAAUGUAUAUUUUUCAGUUUAAAAUAAAAAGUAUGUUCUGAUUAUUUUUACUAUUUGCUUUAUUUUAUUAUUCACCUCUCUGCAAGAGCCAGAGAUUAUACAUUAUAAACAGUAUAUAUUUUUGUGGAUUUGAUGUUUGUUUACUGUCUAGAAUAUUUAGAACUAUAAAUUUGCUAAAAGUUCACUAUAUUUAGUAUAUCGUUUUUGUAAUGAACUUAAAAAGGGGGCACAGUUUUGCAACUGAUGUAUAUUUAUGAAAGUUUCAACCUCAUCAAAACUUCUCUUUAAUUAAAUAAUUUUUUGACUUC